CAGUACUGGCCAAUGGCUAUCCAGAGUCCCCCAAGCUGGAGGGACGUUCUAACUAGCAUUAGAGAGGCAGCAUGGAAGGUACUGGACUGGGAGUCAGCAGCCCUGGGUCUAACCCCAGCUCUGCUGGGCAAGUCACUUCUCUUUGGGCCUGGUUUCCCCUCCCGCCCUUUCGUGAUGCAGACAGUCCUUUCCCCCAGAGCUCACCAGCUGUGCACAGCACCCAGGACCUGUGUACUUUCCCAGGGCUGUUAGCAGCCCUGCAAACAGCCCCUGCUGCUCCUAAUCCUCUGUCAGUUACGAACCUAGCCUGGGAAACACAGUGCAGCCCUCCCCUCCUCUAAGCUCCUGGUAACCUGGCAUUCGUGGGGUUGCUAGAGCGCCAUUCACAUUCAAAUCACCCCUGGAUGAAAGGCAGGAGACCAGAAACCAUAGCAACCUGCAACACACACUAAGCCUCUGAGCUCAGCCCAAACGGAGACUCCUUGGAGCCCAGAGGCAGCUGCUCAGAGUGCACCUGGGUCCAUACUGCCGGCCCUGUAGUCUCUAGAACCAGAUACUGCAUCUUGCGGGGGGCGGAGGGUUUCCCUCUGCCUGCCUGACCCACAAAGCCUAGGAGAUGGAGUCCCUGCAGUUUGCUUGUCUCUGUGAACUCUGCGACUGUGGGUAAGUGAGCGCUCGAACAGGCACAGACAGAUGCCCUUAUUUAUUUUUGCUUAAGGCUUCUAGAGCAAGAAUUGAUUCGUUUCACCCUUCUCCCCUCCACACACACCAGACCUGAUCCUAAGCAAAAGCUGCUGGCACUGAGCUGUGCAUGUGGGCUGGAAGCCAUGGGCAGCAGAGAAGGACAGCCGCCUGCUUUAUACAGGCUCUUCGACACAAGCACCACAAGAACUGCAAGAAGUGGAGCAGGCCAGCGCCUCAGGACUGCAGGAGGCCCCAACUGUCCCAUUACAAGGCAACUUACACCCAGCCACCAAGUAAGCAAGGGGAACCAAAGCAGCCUCCCUAGGGAGCGUUUUACACAUGCCCCGUGUGCGUCCCAGUCACCUCCUUACUCUUCCUCCCCUCCAGACGUGCAUCCUCGAAGCAGCAAGAGGCCGCUCCGCACCCCUCCACACCCCAACCCCCCAGCCAUGGCCUUCAGCACCACACAGCGGGCAGAGUUCAUCCCCUGGGAGCUGGGCCAGAGGACCAAGCCGCAUGUCCGGGAGGCGUAUCAGUGCCCACAGGAGCCCUUCCAAAGCCAGAGUCUGUAUCGCCUCCACUUCCCGCCCAGGGAGCCAGUCAUGACCACCCUCCGGCAGCCCCCGACUCCCAGGCAGCCCAACAGCUCUGGUUUCCCACACACCACCACCACCACCAAGGAGAGCUACAAAGGAUUGCGAGUGGAACGCCCAGCCUGCUAUGGAGAGCCGCCAGCCCUGGCAGGAGCUCUCCUAUCCCCUGACCAGGCAGCCGAGAUAGAAAGCACCAUGCAGCGAGAGUUCACAGAGAAACGCAUCCCCAAACCGGAGCUCGUCAAAGGAGCCCAGGUUCAGCUCACCAUGGAAGGUGAUCAUGACAUGAUGACAACCCACCAGAGCACCUACCAGUCUGUACCCUUGGAGAAGCGGGUAGCCCAGUCACAUAAUAAAGGAAUAGUGCCAGCAGGGAAACGAGCACAGGUGGAAUACAUGACCAAGUACCAGAGUGAUUUCCCAGCAUGCAACUUGUUACCUGCACGGCUUCAGCCUGCUCAGCCUCCUCUGGACAACCUGGCAAUCAACCAGGGCUUCAGUACAGAUUUUCAGACGGUGCAGAGGGAAAGCUACCAUGGCUGGGACACCCGCAGAUACCCUCAUGCCAGCCCCAUCAAGCUGAAAGAGGAGCUGGCAGACUUGAGGAAAGAGAGGGAUGGAAAAUUCAGUGGAGACACGGUGACCAAGCUCUCUUACCCCCUUCUGCCCUUGGACAGGCCUCCGAGGACUGAGUGGCCCCCCACGGUGCUGAGAUCCCUCCCUGCAAAGUUUGACGAUUCCACAGCCCACAAGUUCUUCUUCAGAGAGUGGGGAGUCCAGCCCCGAAUCCGGCAAGGUGACCCCUACGAUGGAGUCUACAUCAGACCUCUGGCCAAGUUUGAAAGCCAAACUACCACACACAGCACGUUCCUGCCCCAGAUAGUGGAGGUGGUGAAGAACUGCAAACCAGAGCAGAAAUCCAUCCGAGCACAGGGAAAGCAGGAUUUCUCCACCAUCCACAGGGAGUCUUACAGGCCAAUCCCACUCCCAGUCUGUCGUUUGCAAAUGUACUUGAUCCAACAACAGCAGAAGGGACAAGAAACAAUUAAUUCUCUUGUGCCUGUUAAAGCCUGAUAUGCAGUGUGGAUCCAGGUCCCUCAGCCAAAUCAACUCUGUCCCCAGGAUGCUAAUGGGCAAUUACUAACUAGACAAUUUGAUAAACUGUUUGUUUUUUGUGCAUCCUAGCAACAUUAAAAUGGCAUCAUCUAAAAUCUCGGAAACUUAAGUAUACCGACACUGCAGAGAUGUGAUUGCAGUUCGCAAAGUAGUACUCACGCUAACUAGAUAAAGUUAGCGUGGCUAAAAACAAAGAUGCAGCAACACAGAACAGUUACACAAGUACAUACCAAGAGUUCUUGGCAGGCUUGUACAGCCUGCAUAUUUUCACUGCCUUUUAGUCAGGUUAGCGAAAUUUAAAGCUAGCACGUAAAACAAUCACACCUCCAAUCACAGUGCAAACACACCCUCAGAACAGCUGCCAUUAAUUUGGGUGUUGUAUCUUAAACAAAUACCACAUCCAUGCACAUUUGUAUUGCUGUAAUAGCUGUUAAAAUUAUACAAUUGUGCCUAAUUUCAUUGUAUUUCCUGCUUAAGCAUUCUGUAGGAAUCCCACCAUUAAUAUCUAGUAUUUUAACACUAGCUUUCAGAGUGCAGUCUAUUAUUUUGCAUUUUAUUUUAAAGAUACUAAAAAUUGCUUAUGCUUAGUAUCCCUAAUUAGACAGAUGUGCGUUCCUCAGCAAAAGCAGUGUUCCCAACUUUCUCUCUAGCUGAAUACCCCCAAACAGUAGUUUUCUGCAAGGCUGGAGUAACAGAAGACCACCAGCAGAAC